AUGGCUUCGAAUGACAACUAUGAUCCGUACCUACUAUCUGAAGAUGGUGGCCAGAGCAAGGCUGCCGCUCUGAAGUCUGAGAUCGACGACACUGUCGAUAUUAUGAGGAACAACAUCAAUAAAGUCGCUGAGCGUGGAGAGAUGCUAACCUCUAUAGACGACAAAGCUGACAAUCUGGCCAUGUCUGCACAAGGUUUCAAAAGAGGUGCCAAUAGGGUAAGGAGACAGAUGUGGUAUAAAGAUCUGAAGAUGCGUAUGUGCUUGUUCCUAGUGAUAGUGAUACUCCUGGUGGUAAUAAUCGUGCCAAUUGUAGUGCACUUCAGUUGA